AUGCGUGCGGUCGCCAUCAAGGCACUGCAGUGCGGCUCGAUCCCCAAACACAUCGGCCUUAUCAUGGACGGGAACCGCCGCUACGGGCGCAAGGUCCAUGUCGGCAACGGAAAAGGAUAUUACCUUGGUUAUGAAACCCUUGAGGAGAUUUUGGCAGUGUGUAUGGAGAUGGGUGUUAAGGUUGUUACGGUGUAUGCCUUCAGCAUUGAGAACUUUAAGAGGCCGGCCGAUCAAGUGGAGACACUUAUGGAACUGGCCAAAACAAAGCUUGCCGAAUUAUGUGAACAAAGUGAACUCGUUCGACAGUAUGGCAUCGGGAUCCGGGUCUUGGGCGACACUUCAUUACUUCCAGACGAUGUUCGCAAGGUUAUCCGCAAGGCGGUUGAUCUCACCAAGAAGAACAACCGCGCCAUCCUGAACAUGUGCUUCCCUUACACAUCCCGGGAGGAACUUACUAUGGCAACUCGAUCUUUGGUGAGCGGCAUCGAAGCCCAUGAUCUCAACCCUAGUGACAUUUCGACAAGCGUGUUGGAGGAGAGUCUCUAUACCCGCUCGUGUCCACCCAUGGAUAUUUUGAUCCGCACUUCAGGAGAGAUUCGGCUCAGUGACUUCAUGCUCUGGCAGAGUUCAAGGGCAUGCCAUGUCGAGUUUGUAGACUGUUUCUGGCCAGAGUUUACGUUCUGGAAGCUGUUGCCAAUUCUGCUGCGAUAUCAGCUGAGAGCGAUAUCCAUCGCUCAGUCGAGGACAGAGUACGGCCGAGGGGAAGGGACAGGGGAAGAAGAAGAUGAUGAUAGUGAAGCUGUGUUGCUUAAUACAGACGUUAUUAAAGCCCAGGAGGCGCCGUUGGAGCAGGAACAGGGCUUUGUGAUGAUGAGCCAGAGGAACUCAUCCGAGUCGACGCUGGUGACUUGCGAGAUGGAUGAGACAUUGGGGGCGGAGCCGCCGUGCGGUCCGAUGCUUGAGAAGAAGCAGCGGGAACUCAUCAUCGAUGGGUUCAAGAGUUAUGCAACUCGUACAUCCAUCCCAGGCUGGGACCCCUCUUUCAACGCCAUCACGGGACUCAACGGCUCUGGAAAGUCAAACGUCCUCGACGCCAUCUGCUUCGUCCUCGGCAUCACCAACUGGUCGCAGGUACGAGCAAGCAACAUACAGGAUCUCAUCUACAAGCGAGGCCAGGCAGGCGUGACCAAGGCCACCGUCACCGUCGUGUUCGACAACAAUGACCCCAAGCAGUGUCCAGUCGGGUUCGAAUCAUUCAAACAAAUCACCGUCACUCGCCAGAACGUUGUCCAGAACCUCUUCCAGUCGGUUCAGCUCAACAUCAACAACCCCCACUUUCUCAUCAUGCAAGGUCGUAUUACUAAGGUCCUUAACAUGAAGCCCCCAGAGGUCCUUGCCAUGAUCGAAGAGGCGGCUGGUACACGCAUGUUCGAGGAAAGAAAGGAAAAGGCGCUCAAGACGAUCGCAAAGAAGGACAAGAAGGUGGCCGAGAUCACACAGCUACUCGCCGAGGAGAUUGUGCCAAAGCUGGACAAGCUGCGCGGGGAGAAGAGAGCCUACCUCGAGUUUCAAAAGACGCAGACGGAAAUUGAGCGACUCUCGCGAAUUGUGGUCUCAUACGACUAUACCCGAUACGAGCAACGGUACUCGAAAGCCAAGGAUGACUAUGAAGCCAAAAUGGCGUUGACGACUCAGACGAGUGAGGAUAUCCAACAGCUGCAGUUGGCCAUUUCCAACAUUGGACGGGACAUAGAGUCCAUUACCACCAACCGACUCAAGGAGAUGACUUUGGGAGGCAAGUUCCAGACAUUGGAUGCUACAGUCAAGGACCUGUCCAAGGAUCUGGUGAAGGUCAAAACGCAGCGGGAUCUGAAAGGCAAGGAGGAAAAGGAGGAAGAGCAUAAUAGAGCUAGUCUCAUCAAGUCUCAGAAAGAGACAGAGAAGAGCAAGCAGGAGAAGUUGACAGAGUUCGAGAAGCUGAAAGUCACCUACAACGACCUCAAGCGCGAGUAUGACAAGCAGCAGGAACAAGUCCGCAUGAACGAAGAAUUGAUCCAGACACUCUCGACUGGUGUCGCCGCUGAAGAGGGUCACGAAAACGGAUAUAUGGAGCAGCUGCAACGAGUCAAGGCAACGGUCGCACAGGAAACCACUCUGGUUGAGCAGUCGAAACUCAAGCUGAAGCAUCUCGACGUUGACUUGGUUGAAAAGAGAAAGCAGGCAGCGGCGGCUCAGAGGAGCAACAAGGGUCUGAGCGAAGCGCUGGAGGCGGCUAAGCAUCAGGUCAGGCAGUACGAAGAUGCCUUGCGCCGCCAGACAUUUGACCCUGAAAAGGAGCGCGCUUUGCUUAUCGAAAAGGCUUCGCAGGCAGAGGCCAUGGCCAAGAUUUCGGAACAGAUCGAGUUCAUGUCACGCAAGUUGUCACGGCUCGACUUCCAGUACUACAACCCCACUCCCAACUUUGACCGAUCCGCUGUCAAGGGUUUGGUAGCAGAAUUGUUCACAGUCCCUCCCGCGCAUAGCCAUGCAGCCACUGCCCUCGAGAUUUGCGCCGGAGGGCGUCUCUACCAGGUCGUUGUCGACAACGAGGUUGUUGGAUCCCAAUUGCUCAAGAAUGGCAAGCUGCGUAAGCGUGUUACAAUUAUUCCUCUCAACAAGAUUCAAGCCUUCAGGGCCCAUGCGCAGAAAAUCACGACAGCUCAGCAACUUGCCCCGGGUAAAGUCGACUUGGCCCUAACGCUCAUUGGCUUCGAUCAACACUUGGAAACGGCGAUGGCAUACAUCUUUGGCAACACCCUCAUCUGUGCCGAUGCUGCGACUGCCAAAAAAGUUACGUUUCACCAAGACGUCAGGAUGAAAUCUGUGACUCUUGAAGGUGAUGUUUAUGACCCCAGUGGAACCCUUCAGGGAGGAUCCAAGGCCAGCGGGGAUGGAAUUCUGACCAGCCUUCAAGAGAUGCAUGGCCUCAAGUCGAAGCUGGUGAAUCAUCGACAGCGGCUUCAAGAACUCGAUCGGGAACUUGCCAGCUUGUCAAAGGAAGGCAGGGUUUAUGCGGAGGCGAAGCAGAAGUUGGAACUCAAGACCCACGAGCUUCGUCUUUGCGAGCAGCAACUCUCUGCAAGUGAGCAUGUGCAGUUGUUAGAGAAGGUUGAGCAACUGGAGAAGGAUCUGGAGACUACGAAGGCAGCCAUCGAGGAAGGAAAUGUCAGGAAGAACGAUGCAGUCCGAAGGUGCCAGGAAAUUGAAAUGGAGAUGAAAGACUUCAAAAGCAACAAAGACGGAAAACUGCAGGAGCUGAUGCAAAACCAUGCAAGAGCCAAGGCGAAGCUUGUCAAGGAUGCCCCUCGCGUCAAAGCCAUGCAACGUGAGCACCAAACACUAGAGCUUGAGCUUGAACAACUGGAGAAGGAUGUUCGCAUGGCGACCCAGGAAUUAUCAGAGAGCGACACUUUGAUCGCCAGCCUGAAAAGUGACCGCGACCAUCUUCAGGCUGAGAUCAAGACCUUGGAGACCGCGCUGGAGAAGGCUCAGGCCGAGUUUGAGCGAGAGAAGGCCCAGCUGAGUGCCUACGACGAAGAGCUGAAGGAUCUUGAGGCGCUCGCCAAGGUGAAAGCCGAGACUCUUGCCGACAAUCGUUUGGAGCUUCAAAACAUUGCGCACGAAACCGAUCGCCUGGCCAAGGAGAAGCAAGGGAUGCUGAAGACUAUCAAAGAACUGGAGGAAGAACAUGACUGGAUCGUAGAUCAGAGGCAUCUGUUUGGGCAGUCUAAUGGUCUGUACGACUUUGCAACGCAGAAUCCCUCAGAGAGCCGUAAGAAAUUGAAGCAGUUGGAUGAGAAGCACUCGUCGAUGAAGAACAAGGUGAACCCUAAGGUCAUGACUAUGCUCGAGAGUCAGGAGAAGCGCGAGACGUCGCUGAAGCAGAUGUUGGCGACGGUUCAGAGGGACAAGACAAAGAUUGAGGAUACGAUUGUGACCUUGGACAACUACAAAUACGAGACGCUAGAACGAACAUACACUAAGGUGAAUGGCGACUUUGGGGCGAUUUUUGGCGACCUUUUGCCCGGAAACGAUGCUAAGCUGCAGCUGCUGGAAGGACAAAACAUCACGGGCGGAUUGGAGGUCAAGGUCUGUUUGGGAGGCGUCUGGAAGUCAAGUCUGACUGAGCUGAGUGGUGGUCAACGGUCGUUGAUAGCUUUGGCGCUGAUCCUGUCGUUGCUGCAGUUCAAGCCGGCCCCAAUGUACAUUCUGGAUGAGGUUGACGCUGCGCUUGAUCUGUCACACACUCAGAAUAUUGGCCAGCUCCUCCGGACGCGCUUCAAAGGGUCGCAGUUUAUUGUCGUCUCGCUCAAGGAAGGGAUGUUCAACAAUGCCAAUGUCCUUUUCAAGGCGCGAUUUAGGGAAGGCAUUUCCAUUGUUGAGAACCAAUCUCGGACCUCCAAGGGGUCUUCUUCGACCUCCGGUCGUCGAGUGGAAGCAGGCAAAGAGAACGAGGCACUUUCGUCGUCGUCGUCUCAUACGGGCGCGAAGCGCAUCAAACUGUAA